UCUGUAUAAUCUGGAUCGCUACGCCGAACACAACUAAUACUCGGACUGCAUAUAUUUAUUAUCCACAUGUACGUGGUUGAAAUAAAAUAUGAGAUUGUCGCGUAGUGUUAUCAGAGUGUUAUACUUGUAUACUUAGUGCUCGAUAAAGCCGUGAAAGAAACUAACAGAUGCACAGUUGCACACGCCGAGAUCGCGAACACAAGUGCGUGGGUGUACAUUUUAAUGGUGUAAAUAUCUACAGAUAAGUAGUUGGAAAUUUUUACUCAAGAUAAAAUCAAACAUACAAAUACGUAUUCGUAUGGAUGUGUGUAUGUAUAUAUAAAGAACGCGUGCAACUAUACGUGCAUACGUCAAAGCAAAGCAGCUGUUGUAAUUAUUUUGCUCUCACCGACAGAAUCGAGUCUCCAAAGAAUUGAUAAAAUAUACAUCCUACCGGCAGUGACAACAGAUAACAAACAUUAUGAGACAGUUGAAGGGCAAAACGAAAGAGACGAGCAAGCAGAAGAAGGAGCGCAAAAAGGAGUUCCUCGAGAUCAAGCAGCGUGUAUUCACUUACGUGUUGCCGACCAUUGCUGCGGUAUUCGCCUUCAUCGUGGCAUAUGUUUACCUCAAGACGCGUCCCAAGAACAUUGAAUAUUGACUCCUGACCUCUUAUGUUAAGAUUUAAGAAUGAGAAAGCUAAAGGUUUAUUUAUUGCAUUUACUUUUUUGUUGUUCUAAUCAGGAUUCUCUACCAUCUUUUUCAACACUAAUGGGUUCUCACAAUGGAGAUGUCUGAAUUUUUUUAGCACUUCGCCUUUUUUUUUUUUUUCAAGGCAUUUUUUUGGAAGAAUUUUUUGGGAAAGCAUUGUUUGCUAUUAAAAUCAUUCUUUGUAGCGACUAAUUUAUUCCCGUGGUCUUUCAUAUUUGCAUUUCAAUUGACAAGAGGAUGAUCCGUAAUAUCAUCAAGUCUUCAUCGGUGUAAUUUCAUACAAUCAAAAAGAGAUAUGUACGAAUAUUUUUUUAGUCUGAAUGAUAAUAAAACUAGAGCAUGUCUAGCCGGCUAAAGUAACAUACCCGAAUCUCUUACUUAAUAUCAGGGAAUUCGCCUCAUGAUGUUUAAGCAGGGGUUGAGCGUGCCCGAAGAUACUUUAUAUAAGCUUUGUUUGUACUUGAGGCUGCAGCGUACACCACAAAAUCGUAUUUAUAUUACAACGACAAGACCAGAUACAAGGCACACUUACAGAUGUAACUCACUGACGUAAGUUAUAUAAUAUCUUUAUGAUAAAAAAAUAUAUAUAUAUCAUAUAUCGUUGUAAUAAUAGUAGCUUUAUCUUGUGUUUGAAUUUUUGUACAAGCAUAGAAUGGUAUUCAUAUGUUUGAAAGAAUUUUAAAUGUUUUUGCUUCUUUAUCACGUAAAAUGGUUGUGCCAACAAGUUUCAAGUACUAAUUAAUUCUUGUUACUUCUAAAAUAUUUACACAAUGUUUUUUUCUCGAUUGUAUUUUAUGAAAAAAUUAUUAAACUGCAGUUGUUACACAA